AUGUCAGCCUUUAAGCUGGGCCUCCUGUUGUUCAUUACCGUCGUCAGCAGCUCUCCCUCUUUCUUGAGCCGCUACUACGAUGGAUUCAGUCUGAAUACCAUUCGCAAUGUCGACUACAAUCCCAACGGUGUUGUUGCCAAGCAGAAGGCCAUGUUCAAAUACGCGCACCUCGUUAAUUCCGAUGCCAGUGUGUUCGACACAGCUCCGGGCGAGGUUAGCGGGUUCGUAGAGGCGAAUGAUCGCGAGUGGUUGUGCCCUGUUGGCAUUGGAACUCCCGCCCAGACGGUUAACCUUGAUCUCGACACUGGCUCCGCUGACCUAGAUUCUGACGCGGCAUCUGUCGAUAGUUGGGUCUUUUCUCCUGAUUCAGGCACCCGUAAAGGUCAGCUUGGAAACCGUCGAGUCUACGACGCUGCCAACUCCACAACCUCUGGUCCCAUCAAUGGCAGCUCCUGGUCCAUCAGCUAUGGUGACGGCAGCUAUGCAGGCGGCAAGGUCUACACAGACGUAGUCCAGAUCGCCGGUUUGCGGGUUUCAAACGCCACGGUGGAGGUAGCUAGCAGCUACAGCUCGAAUCUGGUCAAAGAUGAUGCUCCUCUGUCUGGUCUGAUGGGGCUUGCCAUCAACCUCACGACCACGGCCACGCCGGCGAUGCCUCCCAUGCUCAGCCAGCUCAAGGCCCAAAAUAUCAAGCACAUAGCUGUGGACCUCCAGUUUCACGCGAACGGUACGUAUACCUUUGGUACCGUCGACCACUCAGCGUAUCUCGGCAAGAUGACCUAUCGCCCGGUUAAGCCUGGCAAAGGCUAUUGGUGGAUUGAGCUCCAGACCAUGCGCGUGGGCCAGUCCAACAAGACCAUGAUUCACAGCUGGGACACGAUUGUCGACACGGGUACCAGCCUGUUCCUGGGACCAUCGGAUAUAGUCAGGGCGUACUACAAGGCGGUGCCCACCGCGGAGUACAGCCAGGGGGAUAACGCCUACGUUUUCCCCUGCAACACGACGCUGCCCGAUUUCCACUUCGGUUUUAGCAACGACUGGAGUGAGUUCACCGUCCCGGGCAGGUUCAUGAACUAUUCCAUCGCACCUGUGGCUGGCGCCCCGUGGUGUUAUGGAGGAAUCCAAGAAAGCAACAUGGGUUUCUCCAUCAUGGGCGAUGUCUUCCUCAAGGCUGUCUAUCUCGACUUCAAUGUUGCCAACCAAACUGUUGGAUUUGCAUCGAAGCCCCUGUACAUCUAG